AUGGCCGGUGAAAAGUUCUUGGUCAGUUUUUGCCUAGUGACGGUGUUGGUCGGGAUGCUGCGAGGAUCGGAAGGUUCCUAUCAGAGUGUGCCCAGUCAGGAGAAUGUCUUCCACCACGGGUUGAAGAUCGUUCGUCCGACAGAAUCGAGCGAGCACUACUCAUCGUCUCAGGAAGCUUCCUUCUACCAGCAGCAUCCGGUGGAAUAUCAACAUCCGGUUCAAGCACCACUGUCCGCCGAAUCGCACCACCUUCACUACCAGGCACCGGAGCAACAGUACGUCGUCCAGUCGGGCUACAACAUCGGUUCGUACCAGCAGGGUCAAGUGGUAGCCCACCAGCCGGAACCGGCCGUCCAUCAACAGGAGCAGCCGCAGCAGCAGAAGCAGCAGCAUCACCAGCAGCUCAAACAACGUCAGACGGCGCUUCCGUACAAUAAUCAACGAUUGCACGUGAAGAUCGAAUAUCCGGGCGCUGGCCACGGGAUCGCGCGCCCGAACGGGUCGGCCUCCCAUCCGACGGUCCACGAGCCGACGCAGGACUACCGGGCGGCGAUUCCGAAAAGCAUCGCCCCGAAGCUGAACCCGCUGCACCAUUCCUUCCACCAGAACCGGAACUUUGUGCCGCUGCAUCACAUCACGCGGAAGGUUCCGGUUCCGGCGGGUCGUCACGCGCACGGCCACCCACCGCAUCACAGCCAGCACCAUCAGCCUCAGCAGGCGGAACAGCAUCCGGUGAAGGCUGCCCUGGCAGGACCUCCACCGAAGCAUAUUGCUGGCUAG